AUGUCAUGGGACUCUAUAGAGUCGCGCGACUUCCUAGGCGGGGUGCCGGCCCACCAGCUGUCGGCGACACGUCUGCUGAGCUCACCUGACCCAUCCAGACACCACCUCGAAGAGCCACAAGAAGCCUACCCAUUCGCCGAAGAAUACCGCGCGAACGCUGGCUCCGGGCGGAAUGGCACGCUGGUGUGGGGCGCCCGCUUCGGGCCCGCUCACCGCCCGCCCGCCGCUGGCCUGCUCGACUGCUUCCGAGCCUGCAGGUCGAGGCUGGACCAGUAUCUCGCACGGAGGAAGAUCGAGCGCGGAGUCCGUCUCUACGGUCAGAAUGAACAACGGCUAGCAGUCAAGGUCUGGCUGUCUGCUCUCCGAGGAGUCAGACAUCGGAGUGACAAGUUCGCGCUCCUAGGCCACUUGUACCAGGCUUAUAUGGACUUCGGGAAGUAUCGAGAAUCCCUGGAAUUCGCGAACAGACAGCUGGGUAUAUCUGAAGAGCUGGACUCGGCGCCGAUGAGGGCUGAAGCUUACUUGAACCUCGCUAGAGCACAUCAGACCUUGGGAGGACUCGACAGAGCCCUUUCCUAUGCUCGUCAAGCACUCUACAACGAUUGCGGCGGCGGAUCCACGGCGGGUUGCGUACACCUAACUGUGGCAGCCGUCAGUUUAGAACUGGGAGCGUUUUCUAAAGCUAUGGACGCUUUCCAAAAGGCUCUGGCUGUGGCUCAAGCGCAGAAUGAUAAUACCCUGUUGUUGCAGGUAUACGUAGGUCUCUCAGAACUGUGGCGUCGUCUCCGCGACGCAGAACGCGCAGUAGCAUGUGCGGCCCGCGCCUGCGACCUGGGCCGCGGGCCCCGCGCCGCCGACCUCAACACCCGGCACCACCGCACCGCGCUAUUGCAAAUGGCCGCCGCUUUGAGAGCUCGUGGCGAGCUGGGCGAUGCUCAUGAUUAUUGUAAUGAGGCAUUACGCCUAGCUGCGGUGGCGGGAGACCAGGGGUGUUACGCGCGAGCUGUCCGCAUCGCAGGUGACGUGUACCGUAGGAAAUGUGACAUCGGGAAGGCUUUGAGACAUUACGAAGUAGCAAUGGGAGCGGGUCAAGCUUUAGGCGACCGCCUCGCUCAAAUGGAAGCCAUGGACGGGGCCGCCCGAUGCCUCGAAGCAUUGAGACUGCAAGGCCGGAUCUGCAACUGUAGGCCGUUGGAGUUCAAUACCAGGCUGCUCGAAGUUGCCACUUCUGUUGGGGCUAAGAUGUUAGUGCGUCGCGUACGUCUUCGCCUAGCGGAGAUCUACACGGGUCUGGGCGACGUAGAGGCGGCGGCACGACAGAAGCGAGCGGCGGCCGCGUGGGCUGCCCCCGCCUGCGCCCGCUGCCGCUCCCCGCUCGCCGAGCGCGCCGAGCCGCUCGCGUCUCUGCCCUGCGCGCAUAUCGUGCAUCACGCUUGCAUGCCGGAGUCGUGGUCGCGUCGCUCGGGGCGCGGCGCCGCCCCCGAGUGCGCCGAGUGCGCCUCCCCCCGCGCCCCCCGCGCCCCGCCGCCCGCGCCGCCCGCGCCGCCGCCGCCCAAAGCUAAUGACUUCCCAUUCGGAACGCCGCCAACGCUUCGCGAAUCAGACUUGAACUCCAUAAUAUCAGACCACAGUAGUCAGCAGGCUACAUCCAGCGUCUAACUUUAUUUAAUUCUACCAUUUAUUUCUACCAAAAUGUUUAAAAAAUAUCUAUUGACAACACUGAUGUUCUUUUUUUUGACACUUUAAGCGGUUUAGACUAGCGUUUUCAAAUGGAAUGAGCAUUGACGCGCUUAGAAGCUCGUAUACGCGCAAGUCUCUAUAUUAAUUGGUGCAAAAUAUGCGUCUUUUGAAAAACAAAACUUCCGUUACAAAGUUUGAGCGCGGAAAAAAAACGUUAGUCUGAAAUCGUAAAAUGUAGAUUGCUUUAUAAUUGAAACUUUGACUGCUUUUUAACCGUCUUCCCAAAAAAGAGGAGGUUUUAUUAUGGUUUCAAUAGAACAUUGAAAUAAUUCGGUAUUCUUCUGAAGUGCAAUAGGGAUGGGGCUAUGUUGCACAGAUGUU